AAGAUCCUCUUCAUUCCAAGUGUUUGCUUCUUUUCACUUAGACUACAAGCCUAAUGUAUAUCAGAAGUAAUAUCCUAUCUCACAUCUACAUUAGUGUCAGAGCUCCAAAAUCCACUGCAUUUUUUGGCAUAUUGUAAAAGCUAAAAUUCAUCUCUUCCAUUUCCCCCCUCCAGAUCUUAUUAUGAGGAAACCAUUAGAAGAUCUUGCACCAGUGUGGAAUCAGGGAGUGUGUCCUUCCUAUCAGGUUUAAUCGUGGGCUGGGACAUGCCUGCCGCUCCAUAGCUCUGAGACAGCCCAUUGGACCACCGAGUCAUCCAACAACCAUGGUCAACAUGGUUUCAGCCAAUCAGCGGCCAAGAAGACAUCAUGUGAGGAGGAAACUUCGUGCAUCGCGGAUCCUUGUGUUUGUGCUGAGCUUAUUCGCAUUCUGUCUGCUCCUAUGUUGGAAUGCCUUCAGAGGAAUAGAUGAGUCUCAGCACCAUAGAACUCCACGCUCCGCCCAUCAGGAAGGGGUGGAGCUGACCACACCGAUGACAUUGGUGAUGGAGAACCACGGAGAUUAUCCCGAGGAUAUUUUCAGUCUAGAGGAAAGGCGCCAGGGCGCCGUAGUGCUGCACAUAUUCGGGAUGCUGUACAUGUUCAUCGCUUUGGCCAUUGUGUGCGACGAGUUCUUUGUCCCAGCGCUUACUGUCAUAACGGAGAAGCUGCAGAUCUCAGAUGAUGUAGCAGGUGCCACCUUCAUGGCAGCUGGAGGCUCCGCCCCUGAGCUCUUCACAUCUGUCAUCGGAGUGUUCAUCUCGCACAGCAACGUUGGGAUCGGCACCAUCGUAGGCUCGGCCGUCUUCAACAUCCUGUUUGUGAUCGGCAUGUGUGCGCUGUUCUCGCGUGAGAUCCUCAACCUCACCUGGUGGCCACUCUUCCGUGAUGUGUCCUUCUACAUCAUGGACCUCAUCAUGCUCAUCUUCUUCUUCUUGGACAAUUAUAUCACCUACCUGGAGAGCAUGGCUCUGCUAGGAGGCUACAUUUCUUAUGUGCUCUUCAUGAAAUUCAACGCCAAUGUGGAGGUGGUCAUCAAGAGCCUGAUUCACCGGAACCAGGUGGACGAAACAGUGGUCGUGCCCAAGGUCGACAAUGCUGGAGAUGACGGGAACAAACUCUCGGCCAAGCCCCAUCUUCAGAGAGGGUUAAGCUCCGCCUCUCUGCACAACUCACUGAUGAGGAACAGCAUCUUCCAGCUCAUGAUCCACACAUUAGAUCCGCUCAGUGACGGGAAAUUCAAGGACAAAGCUUCCAUUCUGCACAAGAUUGCAAGAAAAAAGGGACGAGGUGAAAUAAACGGCAUUGUGGAUAAGAAAUUCCCCAACAGUAUCGGCGUGGAGGUGGAAGUCACUCCGCCAAUGAACGGCAGCAUAGCACAACAGGGUGAGGAAGAAGAAGAGGAUGAAGACCAGCCUCUCAGCUUAGCGUGGCCGGAGACGAGACAGAAGCAAUUGAUGUACCUCUUCGUUUUCCCCAUCGUGUUCCCACUGUGGCUCACACUGCCCGACGUCCGCAGAGAUACUUCAAAGAAGUUCUUUCCCAUCACGUUUCUGGGUUCCAUCAGUUGGAUUGCUGUCUUCUCCUAUCUGAUGGUGUGGUGGGCUCACCAGGUUGGAGAGACUAUUGGCAUUACGGAGGAGAUCAUGGGUCUGACGAUUCUUGCAGCAGGAACUUCAAUUCCAGAUCUCAUCACCAGCGUGAUUGUGGCUAGGAAAGGUUUAGGAGACAUGGCCGUGUCAAGCUCAGUUGGUUCCAACAUAUUUGACAUCACCGUAGGUUUGCCCUUCCCGUGGCUGCUCUACUCUUACUUUCACAACCUGAAGCCAGUGGCGGUGAGCAGUAACGGCCUGUUCUGCGCCAUUGUGUUGCUCUUCCUCAUGCUCAUCUUUGUCAUCGUCUCCAUCGCUGUGUGCAGGUGGAAAAUGAGCAAGCUGCUCGGCUUCUCCAUGUUCCUGCUUUACUUCGUUUUCCUCGUGGUCAGUGUCAUGCUAGAGGACAAGAUCAUCACCUGCCCCGUCUCCAUCUGAGGAGCUUCAGGGGAAUAUGUGUUGCCAAGCAGAAACUUGUCUCUAUCUGCGGGGCUUUGAGACAAUAUGCACAAGGAAAUAAGCAGAAACAACACAGAACAAGUACACAAAAUGCAUACAGUCCCUAUAGAACCUACCAAGAAAGCACAAGAAAGCUACGAAUAAAAUAUUCAGGAACCAGACAGGAACUACUACAAUCAGAGAUGAUGACACAGAAAAAGGCACGGAAACUACACAGAAACUAUGCAGGAAAUGGCAGAGAAACUACACAGAACAUUACACACUUACUACACAGUAAACUAUACAGAACAUUACACAGAUAUUACACAUAGACUUGUGCAAAACCUAUACAUUAAAUUAUAUAGAAACUACACAGAAGAUUACACAAAAUCUACACAAAAACUACACAGAAGGUUUCGCAGAAACUACACAGAGUACGAUACGAAAAAUAUAUAAAUAGUUUGGUCAGCUGUUUGUAAUUUGUCCAAAAAUGAAACAGAAAUCUACACAUAAACUACCAGAAAAACUACACAGAAUCUAAAAGCAACAAGAAAAUUAAACAGAGAACAGAACAGUAACCUACCAAAAACCAACAACAAAGAAACCAAGGAGGGAAACUACACAUAAACUACGCAGAGCAUACAGAGGAACUGUACAAACUAUACAGAGAAAGCAAGUAAACUACACAGAAACUAUAGCGAAAACUACACAGACUACAAUUCAUGCAGAAACAACACAUCAACAUGGACAAACCCGGUGGGACCAGUGCUUCAUGUGACGUUAAAAGAUGGCGCAUUAUUUUAACCGUAAAAUUAUUUUUUGUUAACUUUUCCUAGAAGAUUAACACGCCGAACACACAUGUUCGCAGCAGAUUUAGACUGUUAUAACGUGGGAAAUGAACAAGAUGGACAUGUGGACCAUUGAGAGACACUGCAUGGAAACAGGGGAUUAAACUUCAACUCCUCAGGGAUGUUCACAAUAAAGGCUUCAGGACUUAAUCUGAAUAAAACAAGCCUGAAAGUGAACCUGAACACGGAGGGUGGGGCAACCGAAGCAUUUUCUUUCGCUUGUAACGGGUGGAGCUUGAAUGAUUUGCUUUGUGUACGCUGUAUUAUUUGAACAUGGCUGAUUUAAUGCCAUUCAUUAGCCAUUAGCUUUCAGAUUUGUAGAAAGAUAUAAAUGAUAGAAGUGCCGAUAUUACAUAUUUAUAUCACAUCAUUUUACGAAUACUGCUCAACAAUGUUGCCUGCGGUAUUUUCACAAUAUCCACAUCUCGAAUAUAACAGAUCAUUCCGUGAUACUGAACACAAUAUCAUAUUUUUCUGACUCUCAUUUAAUACAUUUAAUAUUUACAAUAGUGUUCAUGUUCAUCAUCCUCAUCUAUAUGCAUCCAGGGCAUAUAACUAUAUUUUAUUUACUUCAUUUAACAUAUUUAAGUAACAGUAAUCAAGUUACCAUGCUAACUGUUAAUAGUGUAAAAUGUUUGAUUUUUAAUGUUCAUUUAAUCAAUUCAGCAAAUUUGUCCUUUUAAUGUACGAAAUGUAGUUGGAUCAUUUGUCACCUCCCGAACCCCAGAGAACUAAAUCAUUGUCACCUUUUGGUCUUCAAAGUAAAUAACCUGUCAGGGUUAUAUCUGGAAAGAGCAAUGCUAACAUUAACGUAUUACUGUAAAAGCAAGAAGACCUGCGGACAUUUCUCAUGGUUACACUAAUGCUUGCAGGGCAUUAUGGGUAAUACAUGCGGUCAUUUGGCCAACAAAUUCUAAAUGUAAAGAUGAUUUGUUAGAACAGAUUCUACAUGUUCAGCAUUUUGGUCUCUCUUUUGUUUUGUUUUUAAGUGGCUGAGGUAUACAACUGAGUAUAUACCUCUGAAAACUCCUGUAUCUGUCAAUCACAGAAUGUUGAAUAUGAACAGUGACAGAAAUAAAAAUGACUUAUAACUGUCCA